AUGACACCACGAGGUGCUGGUACAGGCAUUGAGGGCGGAGCCAUACCGUAUGCUGGUGGUGUGGUGAUUGAUACGUGCAACCUGCAACGCAUGGACUUUGAUGUACGUAAUGCGUUUGUGUGGGUUGGUGCUGGUGUGACGAAGUUACAAUUGGUGAAGGCUGCACGUAAGCUUGGCUUUACGUUUGGUCCUGAUCCGUCGUCGAAUCCAUGUGUUGGUGGGAUGGUGUCCACGUCUGGCAGUGGUAUGUCAACAUUGAAGUAUGGCACAACGCGUGAGAAUGUUCUUUCACUGCGUGUUGUAACCCCACAGGGUGAGGUGGUGGAGACACGUAAGGUGGUACGCAAGUCAUCCUCUGGGAUGGGAUUAAGAUAG